AUGGGAAUAGUACCUUUAGAAUUACAGACAAAUGUCAUAUUAUUUAUAACCGGCGUCCUUUUAACAGGCUUACUUGCGGUAUAUUGUGUCUUCAAAUUCUUAGCCCACAUUCCUAGAAAACCUUAUAAAUCAGAAUUAUAUUAUACUACCACCACUGCUAAAAAGGGGGAAUUUUCAAAACUUUUACCAUUACCAGAUGCAAAUAGUCCAGCGCUGUCUGACAUCAUACUCAGUGUGGUGAUCCCUUGCUACAAUGAGACUGGGAGAUUGAAAGUUAUGCUCGAUGAGGCCAUCGCGUUCCUUACCCAAACACAGAAUUUAGCUAAUGCUUUUGAAAUAUUGAUAAUUGAUGACGGAUCUAAGGAUAAAACCUUUGAAUAUGCUUUAGGAAUUGCUGAGAGCUACGGAUUGGCCCCAGGUAUUUUCAGAGCUGUUAAAUUAGAACAAAACAGGGGUAAAGGAGGAGCAGUGACCCACGGAUUGCAAUAUACCAGAGGCAAAUACUCCAUUUUCGCCGACGCUGAUGGUGCUUCCAAGUUCUCUGAUGUUUUAAAAUUGAUUGAAGGGGUAGAAAAACAUCAGUCGAAAAAGUUGUCAGAAGAAACUCCGGUAGUGGCUAUUGGCUCUAGAGCGCACAUGGUGAACACUGAUGCAGUCGUUAAGCGUUCAUUUAUCAGAAACUUCUUGAUGUACUCUCUCCAUUCUUUGCUCUUUAUAUUCGGGAUUAGAUCGGUUAGGGACACUCAAUGUGGGUUCAAAUUGUUCAAUAAGUCAGCCAUUAAAAAUAUCUUCCCAUAUAUGCAUAACGAAAGAUGGAUUUUUGACGUAGAGAUUCUCAUUCUUGCAUUAAGAAAGGGGAUUGUCAUUGAGGAGAUUCCGAUUUCCUGGCACGAAGUUAGCGGGAGUAAAGUUGACUUGGCAAGAGACAGUGUUAACAUGGCCAUUGACUUGGUAGUUAUUCGCUUUGCGUAUAUGCUUGGGAUUUAUUUGGACCAUGACAAGAAAGGAAGUAAGAAGGACUAG